GUGAUAUCUGUAUUGACGGAGGGGUAGAUAGAACCAACCCAGUAUAAUAACAACGGUGCCGGAGCUGGAUGCAAUUAGCCAACUUUCAUAGCUUUAAAAUAGCGGGAUCUGAUUAAAUUACUAAUUAGCACAAACAUGUCCUUCACAAUCAAAGUUCCCUGCUCAUCUGCAAACAUCGGCCCAGGGUUCGAUGUGAUCGGUUUAGCGCUGUCUAUCCAUCUCGAGCUCCACGUCACCACUACAAACAUAAGCUCCUCCAAAAUCCCACUCAAUUGUGCAAUCACAUAUGAGGGUGAAAAUGCAGAGGAGGUUAGCUUAGAUCCGGAAGUCAAUCUCAUUACACGCGUUGCUCUCUACGUUCUUCGGUGUCACGAUCAGCGUGCUUUCCCCGUUGAAACCCAUGUUCAUAUCAAAAAUCCCAUCCCACUUGGAAGAGGCCUGGGGUCGAGCGGGGCGGCUGUUACUGCGGGCGUUAUGCUAGGGAAUGAAAUAGGAGGUUUAAAAAUGAACAAAGCUCGGAUGCUAGAUUAUUGCUUGAUGAUAGAGCGCCAUCCCGACAAUGUUGCUGCAGCCCUCUACGGGGGCUUCGUGGGCACCUAUCUGAACGAGCUCAAACCAGAAGAUCUAGCUUGGAAAGAGAUCCCAUUAAGUGAAGUUCUCCCAGCACCUGCUGGCGGCAUUGACACUGGAGUGAAACCGCCGGAGCCACCCAUCGGCAUUGGCCAUUACAAAAAGUUCGCCUGGUCACCACAAAUCAAAGCCAUCACGAUAAUACCUAGCUUCGAGCUUCCCACAGCGAAAGCUCGUGAAGUUCUACCAGAAGUGUACUCAAGAGCAGACGUCAUAUAUAACCUCCAACGCGCCACCCUCCUCCCCUCAGUCCUUAGCCAGUCCCCAUUAGAUCCAGAUAUGAUCUAUCUCGCAAUGCAAGACAAAGUUCACCAGCCGUACCGAAAACACCUCGUACCCGGUCUCACCGAAAUCCUCAGCUCCAUGACCCCAGCCACCCAGCCCGGUUUAUUAGGGAUAUGCCUUUCCGGCGCAGGACCCACAAUACUAGCCCUUGCCACGACUAAUUUCACCCAGAUAGCAGAUCGCAUCGUUUCACAGUUUAAACAGCAUGGCAUUGAAUGCCGGUGGGAGGUGCUGGAACCAGCUGAGGACGGGGCUGUGGUGGAAAGGAAGAAGGACGUAUAGACAGACGGAGAGGGUGAUCAGGGAUAUAUAACUAUCUUUUCUUUGGAGUUUUGUGAGAUAGGGCUGCGGAAUAUAGAUUUUUAUACGCGAUAUAAUGUUAUGUCUUCGCUUAUGUCUUCGCGCUAUGUCGUCCGAAUACCGUAGCGCUACUUGAAUUCGGAUACGAAAGGUAUAUUUUCUAAUUAGAUCGCAUUAUUUUGCUAAGAUAGGAUUCCUCGUUUCCUGUUGCUUAUGACCGCAAUCGUUCUUUCUUUAUAGUUCGUAUAUUGUAGAAAGCCUACAGUAUCGAUAGGUAUGAAUUACAUAGAACAAGUAAUGGCCUAUUCGCGUGACUAAAAAAAUACUUGGGGAGUUUGCGAUUCUCAUCACAUAUAUUGAAAUUCCCCGUCUCGGAUUGUCACCAAGCACAACUAAUCCACCUCCCACCACCCAAA